UGAUCACUAAGGCUAACAUGCGCUAUCCUCCUACCUACCUUGCACCUUCCGUUUCACUGGCAUCUUUGUUCUUAGAUUUCUCCGUUUCUCCUGGCGCACGUUAGCCUCGACGGUGUCUAUGCUUUUUUUUUUAAUCUACUAAUUAGCGAAAUUGAAAAUUUUAAAGCUGAUAGAGAAAGGGGAAGCACAAACAGAGAGAUGACUUAACAGAGUAGAAGCCCUCUGCUUUUUUGGUCUUCAACUGGCCGACUAAGAGGGAAGGAGACCGCGAGCGAGCGACAGAGGAAGAGAGAUCGCUUUGGCGUCAAGCUAAAGUGCGCCGGGUCUCCGGUGAUCUAAAUCUAGCCGUUGAUUCCACUCAUGGUCCUACUAAGAUCCUCGAUGAGGACCGUUUGAUUCUGAUAAAUAAGUCUCUCUCAGGUUGCUUGUGGUUUAUGGAUAGACCUAAUAUAGGCAUAUAAAAUUAAAAACUAUUUUUUCGCAGCUUUUUUCAUUUUCUCUUUUUCGUAAUUUUUGGUAUCUGUUGCUGUAUACCUUCUCCUUCUUUCGUCGCUUUGUCUGCAAGUUAGGUUGCUGUCUUAAGUAUGCAUAAAUGAAUUCUCUGUACGGACAUCUGCUGAACCGAGCCCUAACCGUAAUUUCUCUCCCAUUAAAGGUGGAGAGAUUUUCUAUGUAAAUUCUCUGGUAUCUGCCCUUGCUCUGGGCUUUUUUGUUUAUUUUGUGUGUGUGCGUGAGAGAGAGAGAGAGAGAGAGAGACCCGGUGAUCUAAAUCUAGCCGUUGAUUCCACUCAUGGUCCCACUAAGAUCCUCGAUGAGGACCGUUUGAUUCUGAUAAAUAAGUCUCUCUCAGGUUGCUUGUGGUUUAUGGAUAGACCUAAUAUGGGCAUAUAAAAUUAAAAACUAUUUUUUCGCAGCUUUUUUCAUUUUCUCAUUUUCGUAAUUUUUGGUAUCUGUUGCUGUAUACCUUCUCCUUCUUUCGUCGCUUUGUCUGCAAGUUAGGUUGCUGUCUUAAGUAUGCAUAAAUGAAUUCUCUGUACGGACAUCUGCUGAUCCGAGCCCUAACCGUAAUUUCUCUCCCAUUAAAGGUGGAGAGAUUUUCUAUGUAAAUUCUCUGGUAUCUGCCCUUGCUCUGGGCCUUUUUGUUUAUUUUGUGUGCGUGCGUGAGAGAGAGAGAGAGAGAGAGAGAGAGAGAGAGAGAGAGAGAGAGAGGGCCAGUUUUGGAUGAGCUAUGGAGGGGAAAGAGCAUAAUAUGAACAAGGAGAGUGGAGGAGGUGUUGGUAACAGCAAGAGUGGAGAUGGGCUUAUUGAUAGAAGCAAAGUAAGGAUUCUGCUAUGUGACAAUGACGCCAAGAGCUGUGAGGAAGUUUUAGCACUCCUUUUGAAGUGUUCUUAUCAAGUUACAUCAGUGAGAUCAGCUAGGCAGGUCAUUGAUGCUCUGAAUGCUGAGGGACCUGACGUUGAUAUUAUACUUGCUGAAGUUGAUCUUCCAAUGAACAAAGGCAUGAAGAUGUUGAAGUACAUUACACGGGAUAAAGAGUUACGGCGCAUUCCUGUGAUCAUGAUGUCGGCACAGGAUGAGGUCUCAAUUGUUGUGAAGUGCUUGAGGUUAGGAGCAGCAGACUAUCUUGUUAAGCCAUUACGCACUAAUGAGCUAUUGAACUUGUGGACACACAUGUGGAGAAGGAGGCGCAUGCUUGGUUUGGCAGAGAAGAACAUCUUGAAUUAUGACUUUGAUCUGGUAGCAUCAGAUCCUAGUGAUGCCAAUACAAAUAGUACUACUCUAUUCUCAGAUGAUACGGAUGACAAGUCUCGGAAGUGCACAAAUCCAGAAACAGGUGUAUCAACUCAUCAGGAAGAUGAGUCUGUUGCUGCUGCUGCCGCUGCUACUGAGCCUUCCCCUAGCAAUGCAAUGGAUUAUGGGCCUGAUGUUCCGGGAAUAAGUGACCGCAGAAGAGGACAAUUGUCAUCUGGGCCAAAGAAGAGUGAAUUGAAGAUUGGCGAGUCCUCUGCCUUCUUUACUUAUGUCAAGUCAAGCACUAUAAAAAGCAAUUUUCAAGGGUUUGCCAGCGUUGAGGAAAAUGCUGCUCAAAAUUUGAGGGUGGAAGAGAAAGUUCAGGCUUGUGAACAGCAAGUGGUUAUUGAUGCUCGAUUACAUGAAAAUGGAGAGGCAUGGGAGAGCUAUUCACAGGAUGACUUCCGUAGCAGUUCUAGCAUCCCUGAUUCUCUCUCGUUGGAGAGAUCAUGCACCCCACCCAUGUCGAGGGAAUUUCCCCAAAAGAAUUUCAAGUAUGAAAACCUCCAUCAGGUGUUUAUGCAUCCAAGAAAUGAGCUUCAACUUGAUGCUUCAGGUGCCACCCAAAGUGCUUAUCCAUAUUAUAUGUCAGGAGUUGUGAAUCGAGUUAUAAUGCCUUCAUCAGGUCAACUAUAUCAAAAGAAUACGCAUGAGCUGCAAAACGGUGCACCUUCAACUAUUUUGCCCCAGUACAAUCAUUUUCCACAAUGUGCCCCUCAUGCAACUGGGAUGGCAUCAUUUCCCUAUUACCCUGUUAAUAUAUGUUUACAACCUGGUCAAAUGCCUAAUACGCAUUCCUGGCCAUCAUUUGGAAGUUCAUCGUCCCCUGAUGUGAAGCUAAAUAAAUUAGAUAGAAGAGAAGCAGCAUUGUUGAAAUUUAGACAGAAAAGGAAAGAGCGUUGUUUUGAUAAGAAAAUCAGAUAUGUUAAUAGGAAGAAGCUUGCUGAGAGGAGGCCUCGUAUGCGGGGGCAGUUCGUGAGAAAGGUAAACGGCGUAAAUGUGGAUCUUAAUGGACAGCCUGCUUCUGCAGAUUAUGAUGAGGAUGAAGAAGAGGAUGAUGAUGAGCAAGCAUCAAAGGAUUCAUCUCCAGAGGAUGAUGCUUCAGGAUCCUAAUGUCAGUGUUGUCAAUUAAUGAUGUGUUUCGUUGAUGCACCUUGCAAUUAUGAAGCUUUUGUAUCAAAAUCCUUGCACGGGUGACGACUAUUCUAUCCAAGAUGUGUGUCAAAUCAUAUCAAGGGACUGAUGACUAAGUUGCAAAUGUCUGAGCUACCCCUUGAUAGCAUUGCUUUCCCUGGAUGGGGAAAUACUGCCAGCACAGCUUAUGUGGGUUCCACUGGUUUAAAUGAUGCACCAUAUGGAGCUUUUUGUCUAGGGAUCUCACCCCAAGAUUGUGCAAGCUGAAGGAUAAUCGUACCCAAAAUGUGGAAAGGACAUGUAGGUAUUGAAAUCUUAUCUUGAAGAAGAGGAUCAUGUAGGCAAAUUUGUUUUAAAAAAAUCAAUCCAAUUGAAGAUAUUAAGCAACUGUGCAAGUUUCUCUUCAGGGAAACUUCAGAAAUCUAA